UUGAUUGUGAUCACUGACAGAAGCCUUUACUUCUCCGUAACCUCUAAUGCCCGUGGAAUAAAACAAAAGGAUCUGUCGAAUGGGUGUUUGGCCUGUCGGUGAGGCCUUUCCAGUGAUAAACGAGAACGUUGAAUGGAACAGAGGAGAAAGAAAUAACGAGGUUCACUUUUUUGUCAAAGAUGAGGUCGUUUCCUUCCCGAUUCGGAUCUCUGGGUCAUGCAAGAUUGUCGGGCGAUGUUGCUAAGGUCGAAAAUGUGUGGAAAGGCCACAUUAGAUUCCUCAUCUCUACUUCAGGUGUUGUGUGGGCGAGAUGUAGCAACCGAACUUUCACUUCCCUCCCCCUAAACCUCUGGCUGGCUUGUGUUAGAACCUGGUCACAUUUAUGUUGGCCCGUUUCAAGACAUGAAGGGGGAAAAAUCCGGCGUGUUUCGUGAAUCUGUUGAAAUAUUUUAUAACUUAUCUUUCCUUGUUAAGAAAUUACACUAAGUCGGUUGAAUAUUCCGACUCCGCUGCGGGAAAAAAAAAUUUGAAUUGUGUUACUCCGGGGAAUAUUCGUAUUUUGGUUUAAUUUGGUGUCAAUACAAACCUUGUGAAAUUAACGAUUUGGUGAAAUGCUUUUCAUUCCAGUGUAUUUAAGUUUGGACGUUUUGCGUAGUUCUGCCUCUGUUCAGAAGUUGCUGUGGUGAUAGGAUGAUACUGAUAAACGUCGUGAUAGGGGUGAUACUGAUAAAAUAAGCUUACCACAAGUGAUAAAACAAGAAAAAGAUUGUCGAGUUUAUAACAUGUUACUGUAUUUUGUACAACAGUAGAGUUGUUUGUAGAUCUGCCAACGUUUACUGUUUGUUUUUUCAGAUGAAAGAAAUAUAUAUGAACUGUGAAUUAAUCAAACACUAGAUUUGUGGAUAGAAAUCAGUUGCUGUUCCAAGAUGUAUUUGUUUAAGAGUUACUGAAGUGUGGACGUCAGCACCCAAAGUUUCCUGGCCUCAAUGCAAAAGAAAUCACAAAAACCAUUUUCUCUUCCACAACCUUUGUAUUCUGAUCCUUGUACUUUACUCUAGUAGUAUUCAUAUCAACAUCCUACUUUUUUAGGAUAGGUCUUGUCCCCUAUUGCUUCAGGUUAGGUUAAGCAACCACAUCAACCUACAGUCAAUACUUCCACUGACCCAAUUCUUUAUUUUUUUCAGCUUUGCCUCAAUCCACAUCAUCAUUAUCAUCAUCAUCCUCCUCCUCCUCCAUCCUCCUAAGUAUCAACUUCCCUCCAUGAACCAUGUACCUCAUGGUUCCACUCAAAGCUCCUGCCUCACAUGGUAUCGCCUACCGGCAUAAUGAGGGGGCAAUCCACUCUCAUCGAUCACGGCUAAAUUCCACAAAGAAGCAACAGAACCGCAGUGGCGGUAACCAUCAGCAACCCUCCAACAAAGGCACAUCACAACAGCAACAGUUUUACCUUGAUUCCAGCGACACACCUAACUACUGCCUAGAAGAUAGUUUUGUUCAGAGGGAAAACCCCAUCGAUGAUCCUGGCAAUAAUAACAACAUAGACUUGGUUGACUUAAACCAGCUUAAGAUUGUUACUGACAAUUCAGUUGCUGUUCCCAUCUCGGCUUUUCCAAGUUCUCUAAUCCAGUGGCCUGUUGAUGGUUCUACCAAAACCAAGCGAAUUGCAGAAGUAAAGAAGCAGGUUAAACUCUUAGGAAAUCUCAUCAAGAUGACUGUUGGGGGAAAUCAGCAAGAUGAAGCCCUGUCUGAUGAUAAGACUCCAACCAACCCACCUCCCUUCUCUGCUCAGGUUGACAUGUCCAGGAUACCAGUUCAGAGCCUUGCGCACACAGCUGAUGAAUCAUCCCAGCCCAAGUGGGAAGAUAUCAAGACCCAUUUACAAGCAUCCAGAAUGAAAGAGGCCAAAAGUAUGGUUCGAGAGAGUGAAUGGGGUUUAAGCAGUCCUGUACGUGAAGAACUGUGGAAACAGCUAUGCCUCUACCAUUCCACAGAAAAAGAUUUUGGGGAUUUUUAUUACUGGGACACUGUCAAGCAAAUGUAUGGUACUACAGAAUUGUCAGAAUGUCAGGUGCAGCUUCCUACAUGCAUUGAUACAAAUUUCUUGAUAAGCCAAUCGCUAUCUCCAAGAGGAGUUUCUGCCUGCGAACGUGUUUUGUCAGUUGUGGCGUUUUCAAAUCCUGCAAUUACAUAUGCUCCCUCAUUGUAUGCAUUGUGUGCACUUCUACUUCAUUACAUGGAUGAGGCAGAUGCAUACAAUUGUAUGUGUGCUCUUGUUGGUGGAUCACAGAAUAAAUUCAUCACACAGACCAAAGUUUCUUUUGAAGCUACUUGGCGAGCUGCCAUAACACUGUGCAGGAAACACAUUCGUGGUUUUUCAACUCUUGCUAAAUUUGGAGUGACUCAAGAACAAAUUGAUGAAGCUUUCCAGGGAUGGAUCUGGUGGAUCUUGGCUGCUCUUCCUUUAACACAUGUUGUACGUGUUAUUGACUGUUUCCUGUUAGAAGGGGCAAAAGUUCUUCUCAGAGUUGCAAUGGCUAUCUUUCAAAUGUUUGUAAAGGCUGUUACCAGAGAUUCUACCAUGGCUGCCUCUCUUCCAACAAGAGGUCUAAAAGAUGCCAUCAUGCGGUAUUGCCAAAGCAUACAGGUCCCUCCCCAAAAACUUUUAAAAACAGCAUUUGGCAUAAGAGGAUUCAGAAGGACUGAAAUCAAUAGAGUAAUUUUACAAACGGAAAUGUAUCUCAAGAGUCAGCGCUGCAUGGUCACUUCAGGUAGUUCGUGCAAUAUAACAGAGGCUCCUGGAUUAACACGAGCAAUGUCAUUGGAGGGUUUACCAACUUCUGAGGCCCAAGCUGACAUCAAGAUGAUGUCACAUACUCUUACAAUCAAAGAGUCGGCAACAGGAAAUUCUCCAACUGGAUCUCGCUCACCUGCCCCUCGUGCCCGUUCAAUGGGCCAAUACCCCAUCCAAAACGUCAAAUCAAUGAUUGUCAGCAAAGAUGAGUUGCUGACAUUGUGGUCAUGGUUACCUACAAGAAUGACACUGCAUCAGCCAACUCUGAUUUACACAACAGAAGAACAUGGAUGCUCCCUAACAACGUUCUUCCAGCGUGUAGAAAAGCACGAACCAACUCUCAUGUGUAUCCGCACUACUAAUGACCAUGUCUUCGGUGCCUACUGCUCAACUGCUUGGGCUCAGCGGAACAUAACUGACGAGUAUGGGAAUCGACAGACAUAUUUUGGGACUGGAGAAUCAUUUCUAUUCAGUCUACGCCCAACUGUUGCAAAGUAUCAGUGGGUUGGUAUAACCCAACAACAGGAGGAGGCUGGAAUUUCAAACUUAAAACAUUCAGCUGAGCUUUUCAUGCAUGGAGACAGUAAUAUGAUUACCAUUGGGGGAGGGAAUGGGAAUGGCAUCAUGUUAGAUCAGGAACUUCGCUUUGGGAAGACUGAAAAUUGUGAAACUUUUAAUAAUCCCCCACUUACACCUGAUGCAGACUUUGAGGUGAAAGUUAUUGAAGUUUACAGUUUAACAAGAGAAAUGUAAUUCUUUUUAUUUUUUAUAACUACCCAAAAUAAUAUUUCCUGUUUUAUCUUACAUUUGUGAUUUAAGUGCUGAGAACUUGACAUAUUUUUAGAAGAAAAGAUUUUUUUAACUUGCAGAGUAAUUGAUAUCCAAGUAUGGUAAUAUUUAUGCUGUAGAUUUUAGAUAUUUUAUUAUAGUUUUGUAAUAUACAGUAUUAGUAAAGCAUGGCACAGAACAACCGAGAAACUGUGCUUAUAAUACUCACCUAACCAUAUCAAGUAAAGUUACCAAGUAAGUUAUUUCCAAAGCAUUUUUUUUUACUUAAGAUACUCAUAUAAAUUAUAUGCCUAACAAGAGAUAGGGUAUAGUGAAUGUCUUGUAGCACAGACAUUACAUUGUAAAUCUACUUUGUAAGUCUUAUUGAGACUCCAGACCUAGUCAGUGAUAUUUAUUAUUAUUGUUGCCUCACAUCUUAAUGAGUAUGAUAAUUACAUAUUCUCUAGUUAUCAGUGGUGAGCAAUUUAUUUUAGGUUGUGUGAUUGUCCAAGUGAAUAUUAUUUGUGUGUAUUAAAUUUGAGAAUCUUUGCAAUAAUUAGAGGAAUGUAGUUUUGGAGUAAUGUACUCUAAAUCAAAGCAGCUUACUUGAGCUCUGUGUUAUAAAUUAGAGUUUAAUAUGCAAGUACUUUGUAGUAGCUGCACAUACGUAGGUGUUGCCUUAUAGACAUUAGGUUAAAUGUGGGUCCAAAUCCACAAGUCCACUGGUGUAUAUUGAAGGUCAGAGCCCAAGUUAACUUUUAAUUCGAGAUUAUAUACAUCCUCCUCACAGUGCAAGAGUAAGAAACUUUUAAGAUUUGUUUGCUAGGUACUGGUUUUCUGGACAGUGAAAUUCCAGAGGAUAGCCUUUCUUUGUUGCAGUUUUGUUAGCAGUGCUAUCUGUUGUUGUCUUAUGUUACAUAGUCAACCAGUGGACCAUGUGUGCACAUAUUUAAUACAGUAAUUGAUUAGCAUGUCAAACAUUGGUGAGGUUGUGCUAAAAAAAAAUCUUUGGAUGUGAAAUAUGGGAAUUAAAAAGUUUAUAAAAAACUAAAUGGCAGCAUGUCAUAAGAUACAGUAGCUGUGUAGCAAAAUCAUUCAUUGAAGGUGUGUAGGUGAUGGUAAUGUGAAAUUUAUGAAUGAUUUAAUCUUUCUUGUAUUGGCUACAGAUAUUUUACAGCUUCUUUUGAUAACCGACUUGUAUAGAAGUAGCUGUACAAAUAAAAAAUGCCAUAUUAAUUAAAGUUAGUGUGUUCAGAACCAGAACAUGUUCUGAUUGGAUGCAUUACUGGAUGGUUCUUAAUGAAUUUAUUUCUUCUGCACUUUAACAAACCAAUUGCAGGCUUUUUUACUAACUAAUAAAAGGUAAUUUAGUUUUUUAUGGUAUUCCAUUUCUCAUCUGAAGUGAUUGCUCAUUUAGGAGAAUUAAAAGAAAUAAACCAGUCAGUAAAACGUCUUGUCAGAAUUCAUCCUAAUUGAGUUUAGGAAGGAGCUAGUCUAAAUUAGGUGUAGAAUCUCAAACAGGAUCCUCCAGUGUGAUGUAUUUCAGUGUCUUAAAAAACCAAUUUACAAUAUAAAGUGUUGUAAAGUUAGUUUUUGCUGUAGCUCUUACUGUCUUAUUAAAAUUUGGUUAGAUUUCUGGAAUUAUGCAUGCCAAGCUCAUAUUAAAUUUUCUUGUACAUGUGGUGUCAUUUGAGAAGGUCAUUGUAAAGUUGACAAAGGUUUUCUUCCAUAAUACUUUUUUAAGAUUCAGAUAUCUCACUUGCACCUUUCGAAGUAUGUGACAAUCCAGUCAUGUAGUUGGUUUUAUCACAUUGAACAGAAAUUACAGAGAGGAUUCUUUUAAUUUAUUGUGUACGUAUUUACUGAUAUGUACCAAGAACCAUGUAACAUGAAUUAUUUUAUGUUUGAAGUCACAGAAUAUCAAAUGCUUAGUUCCUUUGGAAAACUUUUUUUGAAGGUAGAGAAGAGAAACACUUUUGUAUAUAUUAUUUAAGGCCAGUAUCAUUUGUUACUGUACAUAGUUUGUCUAUUUGUAAGUGGUAAAAUUGUUAUUGUUUUACUAUUUUAUUGUGUUGUAGAAAUAAACUUUUUGAUGUAAAGAAA